GGGAAAGUAGCUGAGCCAGAGGAUAAAUCAAGUAAUGAAUGGAAAUCUUGGGAUGCUAUAAAUUCUUUAGUGUCUGCAUGGCUGUUAACUUCUAUGUCCCCAACAAUUGCGGGAUCAGUAGAUACACUUCCUAGUGCUUCUGGAAUAUGGGAAGCUGUAUCAAAAAUGUACUCAGGCAGUGGGAAUGUUAUGUUAAUGGCAGAAACAGAAGAUAGAAUCUAUCAUCUGAAACAGGGAGAAUUGCCUCUAAUGGCUUAUGUUGCUGAGUUGAAGCGAUUAUGGGCUGAUCUAGAUCACUACGAGCCUAUUGAGUUACCACACCCAGAAUGUGUGGCAUGGGUGAAGAAGUAUGUGGAAAAAAGGAGAGUUCUUCAGUUUUUGAGAGGAUUAAGAUCAGAAUUUGAGGGAAGGCGUGCUGCUAUGUUUCAUCAAUCUAGUCUUCCUAGCCUGGAGGAAGCCAUAGCUGCUAUGGCACAAGAAGAGAGUAGGCUGAAAGUAAUGAAAGGGAAUGCUCCAUCUCCGCCUCAGCCAGCGUUUGUGGUGGCAGAAUCACAUGAAACCAGAAUAUACUAUAAUUGUGGUGAGAGAGGUCAUCUGAGUCGUAUUUGCCCUCAGCCACAAAGGUCUCAUCGUGGAAGGGGGAGAGGUAGUGAUAGAGGUACAUCGAGGGGAGGUGGAUACCGUGGGGGAAGGAGAGGCUAUAGAGCUAACUUUGCUAUGCCUGAGGAAACUGCAUCAGAUUUGGUCACAAUUCCAGUUGCAGAGUUAGAAGAGUUGAAGAAGCUAAGAGAGAACAAGAGUAACUCAAAAUAUGAUGAUCAAGGAGCAGUGUCAACCUCAUUUGGUAAUAUUGCCAAUCUUGUUCAUUCUGAUUCAGAUGGACUGUCGGGUUUCCCUUGAUCGUGAAAAUUGUCUAAUUCGGGAAAGGAAGACUAGAAAGAGACUUGGGACUGGAGUGCGACAUAAUGGACUCUGGUUUCUUGAUAGAAGGAAGACCGAUGAAGCAAUAUGUCUGGCUCUCACAACAGUAGCUAGUGAAGAGGAGGCGAAGGUAAUGCUUUUGCACUGUUGGUUGGGGCAUAUAUCUUUUGAUGUUAUGAGUAGAAUGUUUCAUGAUGAAAUGUGCAAGGUAG